GGAAGAAGCUGCGGGCCAGUGGUGAGAAGCCAAAGGCAGGCAUGGCGAGAUGGGCUUGUGUUGCGCGCGAUCUUGAAGUAUUUGCCCGGGAAGGUUUCUUCCCUCGUCAGGUCUGUUAACCUACUGCCUAGCCCUUGCCUCACAAUGAAGAAAGCUCCACGGAAAAAUCAAGGUGAGCGCUAUCGUUUGAAGUUCCAGCGUUUGCGCCGUGCAGCCAAGGUACUCGUUUAUGAGAACGCAGCUCUGUGUGAUGAGAUUGCCCGGCUUGAGGCAAAAUACCUGCGUGUGCGGGAAGAGCGCCGUUUCCUGCUCGCCCGGUUAUUGCAAGCCCAAGCCCUAGCUGACGAUGAGUCUCCUGUGCACGCUGCAGUUGCUGUUUCACAGCCCUCCCCAGACGAGCCAACUAUCCGCAAGCCACGCCGAGAGCGCAAAGGCAAAGAAAAUGGUCGAGCAUCCAGGCGUAGGGCAGCAACAGAGCCGGGAGUCCGCAGGCUGGUUCCACCGCUUCCCUUAGAUCCUUCUGGCCGUCCUGUUUUUCCCAUUACAUUGGGUUCACUGACUGUCUACAGCCUGGGUGAAAUUGUCUCUGACCGUCCUGGAUUCCACACAGAGAGUGCCAUCUACCCUGUUGGGUACUGCAGCACUAGGAUCUUUGCUAGUGCCCGCAGGCCGGUGCGCCGCUGCCUCUAUACCUGCCAGAUCAAGGAUGGCGGUGCUGGGCCACGCUUUGAAAUUGCACCUGAGGAUGAGCCAGGUUGUGUUGUUGCUGGCCCCACACCUGACGCCUGUCAUGCUCAGCUCCUGGAAGCUGUGGGUGCAGCACAGCUGGAUCCAGCAGGUGCUGAGUUCUUUGGUCUCUCGCACCCAGCCAUCCAGCAUCUCAUCCAGAGCUGUCCAGGGGCACGCAAGUGUGCUGGUUACCGCUGGUUCCGCUUUGAGGUGUGCCGCCCAGCAGAUGGGCCACCACCCGAGGGGUUACCUUCAGGAAACCCUGGCACCGAUUACGAGGCUUUCCAGAACCAAGGCUUGGCCGGGCCUGUGGGCUUGGACUUCCCAGCAACCACUCCUUCUCCCCCCAGUGGUAACGGAUAUGCAGAACUCUUUCUGCCAUGUGCUCCAUCUGGGGGGUCCCCCAUUCCCCAGAGUCCAGAAAGUGACACUGACUAAAUUUUUCCAGAUGUGCACCGUGGAGCAGAAGGUAUCCCCUACUGCCCUUAAACUUUUCUGUGGCUGAAAAUUGCAUGAACGUCCUAAACUGCUUGUCCUACAAUUUGGAGAGUGGCUCACAUGGUCUGCAGAGGCAGAUAGUUAUAAGAUAGUGGUAUACCUACUUUAACAGAUUCUUGAGACAAAUUCUUCAAACAUUUAUUAAUAAAAUUAACUAUAGGGGGGAAACCCCUGGUGCUUUUACUGUUACCUUUCUGUAAAAAUGCUUUGUAAAUACAUCCCCAUGACCUGAUACAGAUUUGGUAUCUUCUUUGAAUCUGAGUUAAGCAUGGGUAUUUGCUGAUGUGGUCAAGCUUCAGAUUUCACAGGAGAAUUAUGAUUUAGGAUAGGAAAAAGGUUGUGUAAACUUCCCCUCUGGCUUUACAAAUGUCUGUGUGUAACCAUGCGAAUGCCAGGAAACUGUGCAGUUUCCCAUAGACUCGUAAUAGACUCAGAAAAAGAAUUGUGUCACCCUGCUUAACCAUUCAGCCCCCCCACCUCCUGCUCCCAUGCUUCAGCAUGAUUAGUUGGUUUUUCUUUUUUCCAAGCCAGGCCUGAGGCCAGUGUUGGUAAAACCACCAAGGCAUGCAUGGCUGUUCUAGGAUGCAAGAGGUGACUUGUGAGAGACAAAGAACUGAUGGUUACAGGAUGGCGUGGCAUGGCUGGGCCGUUUUUUGAUGUGUUACCAUGCUAAUGUGUGGGACGUAUAUGUUUCAGAUUGUCACGAAAGUUCUGAAACUUGUCCAAAUACUUUAGAAAUUAACAUAAGAGGUGCCCUGUUAGAUCAGACCAAUAGCCCAACUGAUCUAGCUUCAUUUCACACAGCAGCCAAUCAGAUGCCCUGAAGGUCAUCAUGGCUAGUAGCCAUUGGCUAGACCUAUCCACCAUGAAACAUGUUCUGAACAACUAAAUCCCUCUUUUCAUUGAAAUUAUCUACAUAUAACUUGCCUUUUACUCUUUUCCAGCUGUGGACAAGCCAUCAUUGGUGUUGCCAAGGUUGCUUGGAAGCCAGGAAUUAGUGGAGGCCCAAAAUAAUUCAAAAGCUCCCUCCCAUGCUCAAAUAACUGGGUUUUUCCAUGGCUCUUCUCUGUCAUUAGAAAGGGUACAGUCUGCCCUUUUUGUUCCCUAAUCCAAACAGCAAAUGUUUGUUUGCUGUCAGGAAUGCAUACAGCUCUUGCCCCAGAUAACAGCACUGACAGAGACACCUGCUUAGUGACUUUCCACUUCCUAUAGAAAGGAUUUAUUUGGGCUUAGAUCCUAUGAACCAGUUCUGUGCGCUCUACAUUGUCUCUGCUGUAGAGCAUGCUUUUCUUGUGCUAGCAACUCUUGUUUGCAUAAGACUGGUGGUUUUCAACGAUCAUUGUGAAAUGGAAGUGCUAGCUAGCGUAAGAGGAAGCGCACUCCAGAGCAGAGACUAUAUAGUGUGCACAGAACUUGGAUAUUUAUACUCUGCUUUUCUCCCCAUUGGCAACCCAAAAGCAGCUUACAGCAUUAUUCUCUCCUCCAUUUUAUCCUCACAACCACCACCCUGUGAAAUAGAUUAGCCUGCGUGAUUUGACCAAGGUCACCUAGCAGGCUUCCAUAGCAGAGUGGGGAUUCAAACUUAGUUCUGCCAUAUCCUAGUCCAACACUGUCAACAUUGCACCGUACUGUGGAAGGGAUACAUUUGGGGAUACGACAGAAGACAAGAGUAGAAAUCUGCAAAACCUGCCUCCCUAAACAUUCUAGUGAAUUUGGAAAGCAAAAUGGCCUUUCGUUUGAAGGUGGUUCUUUAGAGUGCUCUUGCUCAGAUGUAAGUCCUGAGUAUUUCUUUUGAAACGAGAACAUUGCCAAUAUACAAGUCUCCCAUUGAAAGCAAAGAGGAUUUGUUACACACAUAUUCACUACCCUGAAAACCAAAAAUGCCUCUGCAUACAAGUUCCAAUUACUCCCCUCUUCCAGUUAAGGUGUACCUUCCAAAUGCAUGCAUACAUUAAUGCUGUCAAAAGCAUGUAUUUUGCAUGGUCACCAGUCGAUCACACAGAGAAAUAACAUCGGAAGG